AUGCCAGAGUCAGUAAUUGGAGAUCAACUGGCAGAAAGACUCGAAGCUUUGGACGUACAAGGUCCACCAGAAAAGGACUACGUUUACGUGAAGAGCGAUAUGGAGACACCACGUACCCCAGACUCUGCCAACGAGUUGCCCUCAACAGCAUGGGAACCUACUCUGUCCAUUAGCGCAGCGGAGCACUGGGAGAAGGAGCUCUUGCAAGAUCCAAAGAACCGUCUCGCUCUCUCCGCCCUUUCGGGCACCGACCCCAAGCAGGUCCUAACCCAACGGUCCGCCACGAUUGCCGACACUCAGAACUUCAACAUCAAGAUCAAGCUGGAAGGAGCUCCCAUCACCAACCAGCGAUCCUCUGGACGAUGCUGGCUCUUCGCUGCCACCAAUGUCUUCCGCGUGGCUAUCAUGCGGAGGUACAAUCUGAAAGAGUUCGAGCUGAGCCAGUCAUACCUGUUCUUCUGGGACAAAUUAGAGAAGGCGAACUAUUUCUUGGAGCAGGUUCUGGAUACAACGGAUGAGGAGCUGGAUGGAAGGUUGGUGCAGACGCUUAUGGCGUCGCCGGUCGGUGAUGGAGGGCAAUGGGAUAUGGUUGCGAAUUUGGUGGAGAAAUACGGCCUGGUCCCCCAAACGCUCUACCCCGAUUCCCACAACGCUAUGAACUCCAGCACCAUGGCCUCACUCAUCACCACCAAGCUCCGAGAAGACGCCCUAGAGCUCCGACGUCUGGCCAGCAAAAGUGAUAACCCAAGAUCCACACUUGGCAGUGUCAAGGACAAAAUGAUGCAAGAAAUCCACCGUGUCCUAACCAUCAUGCUCGGCCCUCCUCCGAAUCCUAACAAAGAUAUGAUAUGGGAAUACUACGACAAAGACGACAAUUUCGGCACUCUUACAACGAGCCCAUUGGAUUUCGCCGGUGAGCUUUCCAGCGAAGCCAGCAUCGAAGCCAAUCGCGGUGCCGACGUUCACGAGCUGUUCAGUCUUGUCAAUGAUCCCCGGAAUACCUAUGGUGACCUGCUAAGCGUGAGCCGUCUUGGGAACGUGAUCGGCAUGCGCGGCGUCCGUUACGUGAACGUCGACAUGGACACCAUGAAAGCCGCUUGUACAGCCAUGCUGAAAGCUGAACUGCCCAUCUUCUUCGGCUCGGACGUUGGGAAGUUUUCAGACUCGAAAUCUGGCAUUAUGGAUCCAGGGCUUAUUGAUUACGAGCUCGGUUUCAACAUCAGGCUCGGGUUGACAAAGGCGCAGAGACUCAAGACGGGAGAGAGCGCGAUGACGCAUGCGAUGGUACUAACGGCCGUGCAUGUUGAUGGGGAUGGCAAGCCGGUGAGGUGGCGGGUACAGAAUAGUUGGGGAGAGGGGGCUGGAACGAAAGGAUGGUUUGUUAUGAGUGAUGAGUGGAUGGAUGAAUUUGUUUAUCAGGCUGUCGUUGACCCGAAAUUCGUUCCGGAAGAGAUUCGGGAUGUGCUGAAGAAGGAGCCGAAGAUGCUUCCGCUAUGGGAUCCUAUGGGAGCUUUGGCAUGA